AUGUCGCUCGACAACAACGCGGCAUUCCUCGACGGACCACGACAGCGGCUCCGAGUGGGAGCAGCCAGCGUUGGAAAGCCCGGUGCAGGAGAGAUCCUGGUCAAAAACCAUGCCGUUGGAAUAAACCCGAUUGAUCAUAUAAUGCAAGAUUUGGGCCUGUUCAUUCAGCAAUGGCCCGCAAUCCUGGGGCACGACAUCGCUGGAGAGGUGGUUGAAGUAGGUGAAGGAGUGACCGGAUUCGAGCCUGGAACGCGUGUCACAGCGCACGCCUUGGGGCUUAUCACCGGGAAACCAGAGCAGUGGGCUUUUCAAACGUAUACCGUCAUCCAAGCACAUGCCGCGGCUCCUAUCCCACAAAGUCUGAGUUACGAGGACGCUGCCGUGAUACCGCUUGCCUUCUCCACCGCUGUCGGAGGGCUAUAUCAGGAUGGAUUUCUGGGGGUGCAUUUACCCCAGAACAGCCACGAGAAGACUGGCCAGACCCUCCUAGUUUGGAGCGGCAGUUCGAGUGUAGGCAGUGCAGUCAUCCAGCUUGCCGCAGCGUCCGGGGUCGACGUCAUCGCAACGGCAUCUCCCAGGAACUUCGAGCACUGCAAGUCCUUGGGGGCAUCGGCUAUAUUCGAUCACGCGGACGAUGAUAUUGUGGAGAAAUUGGCGACCAGACUGCAGAGUUCCAACGUGAUCGGAGCGUUCGAUGCAUUUGGUACAGAAGAAAGCACUCGCAAGGUUGCUGAGAUCCUCUCACGAAUUGGGGGUGGGCUCAUCGCCACAGCGGGGCAGCCACCAGCAGAGCUGCCCAAGGAUGUCACCGCCAAACAAAUGCUGGCAGCACUGGUCCCGGGUACAGAUGUCGGCAAGGCUCUCUGGAAAGACUUCCUCCCAGCAGCAUUGGCGAGCGGCCAGUACCAACCAGCGCCCCGUGCGAAUGUCAUCGGUGAAGGUCUGGACAGCAUCCAAACCGGGAUCGACAGGUUGAAACAGGGAGUGUCUGCAAGUAAAAUAGUGGUCAAGUUGUAG